CCGCAACCUUCAUAGCCCCCAAUGACGAGUCCGAAUACCAUACCGCCCUGAAUCUGCGCGCAUAAUGGAGCUAAACCGCGGGUGCGAGGCCACGGAAGCCGCAGCUCCGACAUCUGCUGAUUCUGUAGGUAUAAUCAUACAGCAGGGGAGAUCCACUAGAACUGGUGAAUAUAAAUACACGACUGAAUUACCUCAAGGAUAGCAGCUUUAUCCAUCUCACCAACUUUUACUCGGCACCUCCAAUUACAAUGACUUCACUUUCAGCAUCCUGGGUUCGACUUGCGUCGAGCGAGCGUCUCCAGCGCUCCUCUCAAAUCCUCUCCAUCUCCGGCUCGAACGCAUGGAUUUUUGGAGGCGAGCUGCUUCCCAGGCAGCCUGUUGACAGCCAGUUUGACGUCGUUGAGCUUGGAAAUGCAUCUGUCCAAGCCAAGACGCUCCCUGCGCCAACUCUGGCUCCCUCUCCCCGAGUCGGCACAUCCAGUGCAGUCCUUGAUGGAGCGAUCUACCUAUUUUCUGGUCGAGGAGGUAUCGCGAUGGAUGCCAUCGACGAAAAUGGCAGUGUCUGGAGUUAUACACCAUCCUCCAGCCAAUGGUCCCUGAUCCAGCCUCAGCCCGGGUCACACCCCAUUCCCCGUAGCUAUCAUGCUAUGACUUCUGAUGGCGCAUCUACGCUCUAUCUCCACGCUGGCUGCCCUGCUGAAGGUCGUCUCUCCGACCUGUGGACGUUUGAUGUCACCUCGCGUACCUGGACUCAGCUCCCCGAAGCUCCCUCUCCUCCAUGCGGUGGAACAUCAAUUGCUUUCUGCCGCGGGAAACUGUAUCGCAUGGGCGGCUUUGACGGCAAGACUGAACAGGGUGGAAGCUUGGAUGUGUAUGACACAGAAGCAAAGCAGUGGACAAGCAUCAUAUACGCGCCUGAUGGGAAAGAGGGCCCGGAGGCCAGAAGUGUGGCCACUCUACUCACUCUCAAGACCCCGAGCGGACAAGACAUCCUUGUUACAAUGUUUGGCGAGAGAGAUCCCUCUUCAUUGGGCCACGCCGGAGCCGGUAAGAUGCUGACUGAUGUUUGGGCCUUUGAUAUCGAGAAGAAAACAUGGAGCGCAGUCAAGACUACUGGUAAAGACGGUGUGCCAGCGCCCAGAGGCUGGUUUGAUGCGGACAUUUUGAAGCAGUCAAACGGAGACGCAAUCAUCGUCCAUGGGGGCCUCGCUGAGGAUAACUCUAGACUUGGAGAUGUAUGGAAGCUGGAUAUUCAGGAUUAGGCUGUUUGAAAUGAAGUAUCACUGUCUGCGUAUAUCAUAUAUGUAUCUUGGCGUCCACACACAGUCACAGAAACUCAAGCAAUGACGUUGUUGCCCACUUGCC